AAAAAAGAAGUAUAAGUUAGGUUGUUUAACCUUAUUGUUUUUCUGAUUUUUACAAAAUAGAGACUUGAUGAUGGAGAAAUUAGAGAAAAUUAAAAAAAAGAAAAUGAAGCCAACAGCUAAACCAGAUGACCUCCAGAAAAAGGGAGAAGAAACCUUCAGUUUAAAGUCUUUCGGUAAAGUUUGUGAGACUUUAGCUGAUUUUAAUGUCAUGGAAUCCUACAUAGGUAUUGAGUAUGACUUUCAAAGGAAACCUAUGAAAAAUGUUAAAAUAACAAGUUGCACAGUGUCAGACCUGAACCCAGGAAAUGAUAAAAGCACUAACCAAAUACCAAUGAGUGUAUUUGUUGAAAACGUCACUCAUUUGCCAUCACGAAGACAAGUCCAUACAAAAGAAAAGAAAAUUGGAGACCAAGUAAAAGAAAAAUUACAGAAUCAUGCUGAAAAACAAAGAAAACAGAAAAAUAAAGGGGGCGAUAAGAAGGCUCAAGCUGUAGAGCAAGAUCCACAAGCACCUGCAGCAAAACAAGUAAAAAUCCACAAAGAAAACAUGGAAAAAGUACCUCCAGAAAUAGCCCAAAAAUCUCAAAAAACUAAAGAAAACCAAAAGAAAAUACAAGAAAUUGCACUUAGAGAAGAAUCGCCACCUAGGUUAGUUCCAAUAAUUGAUUCAAGUACCAAAAAUAAACAAGUAAAAAUCCACAAGGAAACCAUAGAAAAAUUACCUCUAGCAAUAGCACAGGAAUCUCCAAGAGCCAAAGAAAAACAAACGAAAAUACAAAAUGGUGAACCCACAGAAGAGCUACCAUCCAUAUUAGAUCCAAUAACCAUUGAUACAAAUACCAGUACCAAGUUCGAAUUGCUUUUGUGGGAAAAUAAUCAGAGACUGGUAAUUCUUAAAGAAAAUGAAACACUUACAUGCUAUGGCUAUUGUUCAAUUAAAGUCAUAUACGGAAAACUUCAAAUUUUGGGAUGUGUUUUAGAUAAAAGAUCUAAAGUGGUUGACUUAUAUUCUCCCAGAGGGGGUUCCUUAUUAGCCUUGAAAAAUAUCACAAAUGAGAAAGAGAGCGUUAAAAAUUUGGCAUCAUUAAAGGAACAUGAUGUUCUCAAAGAAACCACAAUCAACAAAAAAGAUGUCAUAUUUAUUGUUAGUUCUGGAACGGAAAGUGAUAAAAUUAAAUUUUUGAAGCAAUACACAUCAGAACAAAUUUUUCCCAACAUUACCAACUCAAAGACUCCACAAGUUACAUUUUACAACAGUGGAAAAUUCAAUGCUAUUGCUAUCCAUCCGGAAUGGGACAGUAUAAUAAAAAUGGUAAAUGAAUCUUCGAGAAUGUUGGUUGUCGGUGGAACUGGGGUAGGUAAAAGUACAUUUGUGAGGUACUCCAUCAACAGGUUGUUGAGUAUGUUUCCAAAAGUAAGGGUUAUCGAUUUGGAUCCAGGGCAAUCGGAAUUUACCGUUCCAGGUUGCAUUUCUGUUAUAGAGGUGUCAGAACCAGUCUUGGGACCAAGUUAUACACAUUUGAGGAAAGUAAAGAGAUCAGUAUUGACAAACAUCGAUACAGGCAAUGCAGUUAACAAAUACCUAAAUGGUAUAAAGAAACUAAUGAACUCCAUAACCAAUUUUGAAGACAUGCCAACCUUGAUCAAUUACAUGGGAUUCACUCAGAGCAAAGGCAUAAAUAUCGCGUGUUCAGCUGUCACUUUCGUAAAGCCUACUCAUUUAGUUCAGAUCAAGAGUCUCGAUGACAGAAAUAACUUUGAGACAAAACUCAAGGCGAGAAUACUCAAGGAUUAUUGCAACAUAUUUGUCAGUGAUAACAGUAAUAGCUUGAAGUAUAGUCACAUCCAAUUGAUGUCAAUGAAUAGCCAGAAGAAGGUAGGAUUCUCCCUGAAGCCUAGGCAAAUAAGAGAAAUGGCUGUAGUGGCUUACUUUUCGCAAAUUAUGUCAGAUGAUGUAAAUCAUCUUUCGAGUCAUAAAAUACCAAUGUAUAAGAUAAACCUUAGUGCCAUAAAACUUAGCAAUGAUCGAGGCCAAAAGAUACCACCAGCAGCUGUUAACGCCCAACUAGUAGCUCUGUGUUCAGAAAAGGACAGUGAUGGCUACUUCGAAGUUUUAGGUCACGGUAUCGUACGAGAAAUCGAUGAACCAAAAAACCGUUUGGUUCUGAUUACACCUGAGUUGCCACAGGUGUUAGAGAAUGUUUUCCAUUUGGUUCGUCAUAGUGUACCACUGCCUCCUUCUAUGUAUAUGGAUAUCAGUGACGUUACUACAUCUAUUCCAUUCGUAAUGACAGGGGAAGUAGAUAAUCGGUUGGAUCAGAUGACUAGAAGGUCGUACCUUCCUGCUAAUAAAACUUCUGUGUCUGUGUAACUGUAUUAUGUUUUCGUUUUUUACUUUUAAGUUUUUAGUCUGGGGAGUCUGGGCUAAUUAGCAAAAUACACGGAAAAGUUAUUUACCAGCAAUUUUAUUGCUGGAAUCGAAUCUUAUGAUUGUAUAUAUUAAUAAUAUAGGUAUGCAAAGUCCGCAGAUAGUGUGCUACUUUUUUUAUAAACAAAAUGGCGCCCGAAAAUCGUGAUUUUUUCAAUUUUUGCUCUAUAACUCCAAAGAUUUUAACUUUACACCAAAAACACCCAAAUAAAAAUUCACCGUAAUUGAAUUCUGCAUAGAGACGUGUUUUUUCCGAUUUAGUUAGACGAAAAUUUUCCCCGGAAAAUGCGGGUUUUUCCAAGAGAAUCUUUAAUUUUCAACUAAAAUUUACGGUAAGUAAUUGUUUAUCAAUAAUUAAAUAACUUGCCAGUAUAAAAGGCCUUUUCGUAUAGAUUAUAAUUCCAGAAGCCGAUGGAAAUUGAAUUAACAGUUUAGCAACAAUUGACUUGUUAAUUAAAAAUUUACGGUCGCUAUAAUAUCCACAUUAAUUAUGAUGUAUAUGAAUAACUACGAUUUUUGUAUAAAGAAACACUAUACCUAUCUAAUGUACUUUACAGAAUUGAAAUUGGACUAUUUAAGCGGCCUCGGGAAUAUUUUAAAAUUAUAAACAAUUUUUGGCUUAUAAACAAAUAUAAUAUCUUGAGAAAUAUUAAAAUAAAUUAAAUGAUGAAAACGGCAUUGGAAAAAAAUCGGCAGGUCGCUUCUUAUAAAAGAAAAAAACGUUUAAUUGUGUUGAGUGGUUCCUGAGACACAACCGUUCAAAGUUGACCGGCAUUUACGGCAAAGAUAUAAAUAAUAGGAGCAUAAUUUUUAAACUAUCACCAUUUUAUUUCCGUCCUCUUUAUCCACACCAAUUUUCAUAUCUUUAAAAUACUCAUAACAUAUAUUAUUAUAAUAAAAACCAUCGAUAUUACGAGUGAAAAUUGCCAAAAAUAGCAAAAUUCCAAUCAAAAAUUAGGUUGGAGAAAAUGGAAUCUCAAAGUUCAACAUCGGUAUACGUUAAAAAGAUGCAUUUUCUCGGCUUCCCGUGGAGCAAUUUUCUUCAUUCUUUUUUUGUUCCCAAGUAACUCGAGUAGAGCCAUCUAACUAACGACUUAUUAAAGGUCAAAGUUGCUUUUGUUUUGUUAUAAUAAAUUAAUUUAUCUAUUAUAACAAAAAUGUUUAAUUUGUUUAAAUAAAGAUUGUUUAAAUAAUGAUUCAGCUUUCAAAUGGGAAUACAGUUGAGUCCGCGAGUCAUUACCCGUGCGUCAUCAUUUAAAGCAUACGAAAUAAGUCGGAAAUCUAUUUCACGCAUCAACAACUGACAGAAAGUGGCUACUGUUCCGAUUACGGGUUUUAUUAUAAAAUUUGACGUUAUCAAAUAUAUAGAAUGUCAAAUGUAAGUUUUGCUACAAAAUUUUUGUGCAGAAUUACAGCUACAUUUGAAGUAGCUUAAUAAAAAAUUUUAUUAUUAUUGAUUAAUAAAUAAAUAAACAAUUUAUAAAAAAAUUCAAUAGCGUAUUUUAUUUUUGUUAUUUUAUCCACUUUGGCGGAAAUUUAAGCACAAGCAUUUCUUUACUGUGUGAAUAACGUCAUCUUUGUAUGUUUUAAAUAUUAAUUGCCAAAAUAUAAUUAUUUACCUUAAAAUUUCAAAGCCUAAUAUAAAAUUGGUUGUGAAAACAACUGUUUGUGUAAUAUAAAGAAACUUCAAAACGCAAAAAUUCGACAAAAACCGCAAAAAAUUCAACUGACUGACAGCCACAAAAGUAAACAAAGCAGAAACGUCAAGCAAAUUGUGCUUAAAAUAUGAAAACAUACCGAAUCGUCAUUUUUUGUACCUAUCUCUUUUCAGUGCACUGAGUCUAGAUGGUUCAUAAAAAUAACAUGUGUUUUUACUUAAUAACAAACGGCAGCGCAGCUGGUUUGUCAUGAGUUUCAUGCGUGGAAGAGAAUGAUGCUAGAUAAAAAGUAUGUGUUUUAUCUCGCCAGUUAUUAAUGACGCACGGGUAAAGACUCGCGGACUCGACUGUAUUUGUAUUUUAAACGUUAAAAGGUACACUUGUAGUAAGUUUAUCUAAAAAAUAGUCUACAACUGGAAAAAUAUGUAGAAAAAUCUUAUAAGAAAAUUAAUCGAUUAUAACAAAAAAAAAAGCAACUUUGGCCUUUAAUAAUGCGUUAGUUAGAUGGCUCUACUCGAGUUACUUGGGAACAAAAAAAGAAUGAAGAAAAUUGCUCCAUGGGAAGCCGAGAAAAUGCAUUUUUUAACGUAUACCGAUUUUGAACUUUGAGAUUCCAUUUUCUCCAACCUAAUUUUUGAUUGGAAUUUUGCUAUUUUUGGCAAUUUUCACCCGUCAUAUCGAUAGUUUUUAUUAUAAUAAUAUAUGUUAUGAGUAUUUUAAAGGUAUGCAAAUUGGCGUGGAGAAAGAGGAUAGAAAUAAAAAGGUGAUGGUUUAAAAAUUAUGAUCCUAUUGGUUAUAUCUUUGCCGUAAAUGCCGGUCAACUUUGACAGGUUGUAUCUCAGGAACCACUCAUCAUAAUUAAACGUUUUUUCUUCUAAAAGAAGCGAUCUGCCACCGUUUUUAGGAUUUAGUUUAAUUUAAUAUUUCCCGAGAUAUUCUAUUUGUUUAUAUGCCAAAAAAUUGUUUAUAAUUUUAAAAUAUUCCUGGGGCAGCUUAAAUAGUCCAAUUUCAAUUCUGUAAAGUACAUUAGAUAGAAGAC